AUGGCAUCUCUGCCUCGGUCUGGGCCAAUUCCUGACACCCCGAAUCCUGUAGCCAAACAGAUCCCUCUUUUCUGCAGCGUUUGCCCCGAAACGCCAAAUUUUUCCGAUGUGUCUCAUCUUCUCACGCAUAUUGCGUCCAAAGGCCAUCUCCACCACGAGACACAAACAAAACUCAAGGCCCACCAGGAUCUUGUCUCCUCGAUUGCCUUGCAGCAAUAUGAGAAAAAACAACCCAGAAGAUCCACAAGCAACAAUACUGUCAUCAAAACAGAGGAUGGGCCUCUUCCGGACCUCCCAGGCUUAUCUGGCUUUUUUGCAUCCGACAACGAGAUCGAAGGACCCGAAGAGUUGGCUGCCCUGGGAGAUAUGAUAUCCAUGAAAGGUCAGGUUUGGCCUGGAAUGGGAAAAAUGGAUUUGGCAACAGAAGAGAUGAAGCGUACCCGGAACCAGAGAAAGCCAAAAUCUGUUGUCGAGAAAAUGCGACGCACCUCGGAGGAAAUCGAACCUACGCAAGUAGUCAUGACAUCUCAAUUUAAUGUUGAGAGAGUUAAAGGCGUAUACGAUGACGAUUCUCCUGUUUCUGACCAAGAUGUAGCGUCUCCGCCUCGGAGGAUUACAAGGAAGCGACGCAAGGAAACUCAGCCCUUAGCGGAGAUAUCCUCCAACAUCCCAAGAGGAAGUAGUAGCCGCAUGUCGCGCCCUCACGGAACAGAGAAGCCGGCCAAGCUGGAGCCUCUGCUCAAUAAUGAAAGCAUUGUGGACAUGCCGCCCACGAUCGGCGCUCCCCGAAGUCAAACUGACAUAUUUCACGAUGAGAACGGGAUUGCAGUCGGUUCGAACGAAGUUUACCCUUCGUCCUCGGCACAGCGAGACUCUAGAUUUGAUCUUCGAGGACGUGGAGGGCUUCAGAGCAUGCUUCAGAAUUCGCAUUCGGGGUUGUCCCCUCACACUUCCGCAAGAGACCUGCACACACCUGUUGGAUCCCAACGAGCCUCCUCCCAGAUCAGACUGUCGAUGCAUCCAUAUCUCACCAAUGGAAGUCAGUUUACCCUAGGGUCAUUUGGUCAUCAAGAUCCCUCCUAUGCACUGGGUGAUAGUCCUCUAUACCAAACCCCAUCCCAGCUUUCUUUCAUGCCUGGUCUUCAUUAUGACCUCCUUGGACAGGAUAGUCACAGAUUUUCCUCAAGCCAUCAUCAGACCGUGCCCAAGUCUGAGGAUUUCUCACAGAAUGAUACUGAUGACCCUCUCGGAUCCUCCGUCUCAAACGUCUUUCUUAAUUUUAGCAGUGGCAAUUCGAACGCGCUUUUUGGCAACGACCGCUUGUUUUUCAACUCGUAUACUCCACCAGCUAGCCAUCCACCAUUUGCACCUAUCGGGCACAGCGCAGCGACCAUUGAUAGAGAAGUUGGUUACUCCACGAGUACGGAGGAACUGCUGCAAACAAGCGCAACUUCACCCGUGAAGAUAGAGCCCCAGCCAAACGGGCUGCUGGAGCAUGAUAACGCAGGUCUACCAGAAGCCAACGAAACCAUAUUUGACCCCAAGAACGUUUGGCGUCUCCACGACCCGGAAAAUACUUUGGACAUUCCCGAUGCCCUCCGGUCGGAAGGGCUGGAUCUUUAA